GGUAACUGGUUGAUACUUUAUAUAACACUGCAUACUUUACUGUAAAAGAAAUGGAAGCAAUGACCUGUGAAGAAUCAGCCGACUCUGAAGAGGAGAUUCUUGUCUUCGCGGAAUUCGAGGAUACUGUGAACAUGGAAAACUAUAGAUCAAUACAUGUGCUUGGUAUUAGUGGGAAAAAUCCUAUAAUACAAUUAGAUGACACCAUAUUCACAGGACAAUUGGAAAGUCCUCUUGGAACAUACAUGUUCUUUUCUAGAGAUGUGGCUCCGCCUAGUGUUGAUCCUCUUUUUGACAAAGUGCCAAAGGAAAAUAUGAAGUAUCUUUGUAAAGCAGACAAAUACCUCAGAAUGAAGCAUACUUACAUCACUCCUAGGGAAGGUGCAGAAACAGAUGUUCGAAGUGAACCUCCGGAAGAUGAAGAUAAUUUGGUGCCAUUAAAUUUCAAGACAGUACAAGAUGCAAUAGAUACCUUUAAAAUGGAGUGGAAAUCUAAAAUACAAGAAGCUGACGUUAAAGUGAACCCAGACCAUGCACCAUGUGAAGAUCAAGAUAUGACAAAUUUAGAUUUUAAGAGGCUGUAGUCGAUUUUGGAGCAAAAAUUUAAAAUUGAUAGAUUUAGUCGUUGAAAUUAUACACGUUUUGUUACGUAAUAUCUAAAUAACAAGUAUUGGUUUCUAUUAGCACGUUUUCUCAUCUUGCCUUUUAAUAAUGAGGUCGCGAGCGUGCGUCACCAGUAAUAUAUGAAGAGAAGGGGCAGUUUUUAAAAAAUCAUCAAAAAAAUAUAUGGUGGUAAAUUAUACAAAUUGAUGUAUAAGAAUAGUUUCAGCAAAUGUUGUAAAUUGUUCAAGUAUCCAAAUUACGUUGAAAUUAAGUCGAUUUUCAGAGAAAUUGUUACUUGUUUUGAAGUUAUUUCUGGAGAAAAUUCAAUUCGGUCACUGACUAUCAGUCCGCCGGACGAUAUCGGCCUGUCACUUAGAACAAAAAUUUGACAGUUCCGAACAAAUGACAGGCCGAUAUCGGCCGGCGAACUGAUAGUCAGUGGGCCCCUUUAACUUUCAUUUCCUCGAACUAAGUCAUAUAACAAAAAUGUAAUCUGAUAAAGGUCAAGUACAGAAUAUGUGUAAUACAAAUUUACCAUUUUUAGCAGUCCAAACUUUACGAAUUUUACAAAUAAGAGCGACAAAAUCAGUGCUUUACGCGCGUUUACCCAAACGUCCUUCAGAAAAAAAAUCAUUACUAAUUUAGUGAGUCUGUUUUCAAAAAAUUGAUCUAAUAAAAGGCAAGAUAAGAAGACGUGCUAAUAGAAACCAGUACUUGUUAUUUCAAUUUGGUAACAAAAGGUGUACAAUUUCAUCGACUAAAUCUAUCAAUUUUACAUUUUUGCGAGUAAAAU